GAUGAUGUAAUUCUAAAAACCACUAACCUAUUGAACCCAGCAGUGUUUCUAGGAACAGCUACGGAGGAAGGAGACCUCAGUCAUGAUUGUGUGGAAACCAUCGAACAUACCUAUGCCAGCAGGACAGACUUAAAGGACCAACCUCUGGAGAAACCGGAUUGGGAACUUUUCACGGAUGGAAGCAGCUUUGUGGAAAACGGAACUCGCUAUGCAGGAUACGCGGUAACUACGUCAAAGGUAAUGAUUGAGGCAAACUCCCUACCUCCGGGAACUUCAGCCCAACGAGCAGAAAUAAUUGCCCUGACACGAGCCCUGGAACUAAGCGAGGGUAAGAAUGUGAAUAUAUGGACAGAUUCGAAAUAUGCAUUUGGAGUAGUUCAUGUACAUGGGGCAUUAUGGAAAGAAAGGGGAAUGCUAUCCUCACAAGGGACUAAUAUAAAAUACCAAGAAGAAAUAUUGAAAGUAAUAACAGCUGUACAGAAACCCCAACAGGUAGCUAUAAUGCAUUGUAAAGCCCAUCAAGGAGGGGCGUCAGAGAUUGCAGAAGGUAACAGACUGGCAGAUUUGACGGCCCAGAAGGUUGCGCGCGAAGUAUGGAAAGUAAUGGCUCUAAUUCCAUCAAAGAUAGGCCUUUCUUGUUCUAAUUUACCUAAAGACCCAAAGUAUUCGGCAGAAGAUGAGAGACUUGCGAAUUUGAUGAAGGCUCGGAAGAAUUCUGACGGAUGGUAUGUGACUACGACAGGGCAAGUCAUAGUGCCUCCUGUAGUAAUGGGAGAAAUCUUACAAACAAAACAUAACGAGUGUCACUGGGGUGCAGAAGCAAUGGUGACUUAUUUGAAACGGGGUGUCAUCUCGGUACACAUGUUAACAAUGGCAAAGUCAGUAAUGUCAAAGUGCGAGCUUUGCUUAAAGAAUAAUCCGGUAGCAAGGAAACAUGCUGAGAUGGGAAGAACUAGGACUGGGAUAGAGCCUGGAGAUUACUGGCAAAUUGACUUUGUGGAAUUACCUAAAGCAAGAGGCUACAAAUACCUAUUGGUAGGGGUUGAUACUUUCUCAGGAUGGCCGGAGGCCCUUCCCUGUCGCACCAACCAAGCAAAGGAAACGGUAAAAUGGUUACUACAGGAAAUAAUCCCUAGAUUUGGUGUACCGUUGGGUAUUUCUUCAGACAGGGGACCACAUUUUAUUGCCAAUGUGGUUAAGGAGGUUAGUAGGUUACUGGGAAUCACCCAGAACAUCCUGUCCCAUUUACUCCACCCCCGCCUUAUAGUACUAGCACUAAUAAGUAGGCAUGGAGGUAUCAAUAAGAUAGUAGACUAAUAAAGAUGUAUUAAGUUAUACUUACUAACCUCUACUAACCUGAUUCAACUUAAUAAUAAUGAAAAUACUUGCCCUCGGUAUGAGUGAAGUAUUUUCAAAGGGGGGAAAUGUUAGUGUUGGGGAAAACCAAAUGGAUGUUUUAAUGUUUCUUAGGUGACGGGUCAUAAAAUAUAGAUAAGCAUUAUCAAAUGUAUUUACAUUAUCAAAUUUAUCUAUACUAAGAUAUUUAGGGAGUAUACCGAGCAGUCAAAUAAAUCCUUGAAAGGGACCCCUGUGAGAGAACAGGUACAACCUGACCUUUGAUAAGAACCUGAAAAUGCUGAAAUGAGUUGAACCAGAACCAAGGAGCGGAGAGAGCAUGCGUCGAGUGAGAAAGGUGAAAAGUUUAACAGAGAGGAAGACUCCUUACUUCAUCUGGACGACCACCUGGACGACCACCAGAGAGCACCACGCAUGUGCAAAUGGGAGGAGAGCUAAUUGGAAUGGAAUGCGAGGCUGAUGUUGCAACCUGUAAUGAAUAUGUAUACCUUACGUAAUAUUGAAUGUAUAAAUAACGAUCGGGAUGUAACGGGACUGGAAGCCAGAUUUGGGCACCUGCCCCAGCUUCCAGCGCUGAAUAAAGCACCUUCAUAUAAUCA